AUGGAGGUGACAUUUCUAUGGUUAUCUCUGGCUUCGUUGGUCCUAGCACUUGCUAUUAGCAUCUUUGCUUUCAAGAACUCCUCCAGUAGGGCCAAAAACCUGCCACCAGGGAGCUUGGGAUGGCCGGUCUUUGGCGAGACCCUUGAAUUCUUGUUCGGUAAGCCUGAAAAGUUUGUUUUUGACAGGAUGAAGAAGUACUCUUCCGAUAUCUUCAAGACCAAGAUUUUUGGAGAGAAGAUUGCUGUCGUUUGUGGCCCUAAUGGGCACAAAUUUCUCUUCACCAACGAGCAGAAACUUUUCACUGCUUUUCGAACUCAUUCGAUGCAAAAGCUCUUUCGUUCCUAUCAAGCUGCUGCUCCAGCACAAAUUCCACGCGAUGCUGAGUCUAAAAUGUUAAGAUCGCCUGGGUUCUUGAAGCCUGAGGCUUUGGUCAGGUACUUGGGGAAAAUGGACUCCAUUACACAGCAACAAAUGCAAACUUAUUGGGAAGGAAAAGAUGAAAUCAAGGCCUUUCCUCUUGCUAAGACACUGACUCUGUCUCUUGCUUGUCGCUUUUUCUUGGGCUCUGAUGAUCCUGAACGCAUAGCUAGGCUUGUCAGCAAUUUUGAUGACAUAACCUUAGGGAUGCAUUCCAUUCCUUUGGAUUAUCCUGGAACAACUUUUUACAGAGCUAACAAGGCUGCAGCUGCGAUCCGCAAGGACCUACGAAGAGUAAUCGAUGAGAAAAGGGGGAUAUGGCCAGAGGAGCACAGAUGCAGGAUAUACUGUGCCAUAUGA